AUGUCGUUUCCAGAGACCGACCCAGAAGCCGGAUGGCAUUUCCCCGAUAUAUGGGAUGUGUUCAGGGUGCGAUACCUGUUGCAAUGGAAACUCAGUGAAGGAUUUCCAGCAGAGCUGGUUGAUCAAAUAAUCGAUGCAGCCGAGUAUUGGCCAUCCACCGAGCACCACAUGGUGGAAGAAGCCAACAGUAGAAUUGUUCGAAAUGACCGGGAUCAGGUUCUGCUAAAGACAGUGCCUCUUUGCUAUUCGCGAAAGAGUUUAGAACAAUCGCCAUUACCGAAGCCACUUCCUCAUCGGGGUAUUCACCCCUGUCGCAAGGUCGUUUUCCGCAUCUCUUCACACGAUCAAGGAGGUCGAGGGACCUCGCAAGACUAUGAUUAUUCGGAAUCCUGGACCUGGUUUGAUAUCGAGGUUAUCCGUGAAGCGCAUACCCGCAAUAUGUAUGUUGACGGAGAGGAACAAGAAUUGUUGCAUAAUGAACGAGGACAAGUUACACAACAUUACGAACCCACGGAUGAACUUCUCCUACCCCGGCAGAAUAAGGUACAAUCAAAUGCCAAGCGAUCGGGUCACUUGCAGAACAACACCAUUGUAUGGCACUAUUUGGACGAUAUUGGUUCCGAUUCUGCCGAGGCUUUUGAGAUUGAGCGGACAAAAGGCCGGGGGCGGUUCACGUUAGAUGGACGAUUCGUACGGGAGUUGGAAGUUGGGGACUCCAUUGCACUAUGGGCGCGAGCAAGGUUCCCUGCUUGGACCAACUAUGUUUCUAAGGCCUCUGUUCGGGUAUUCUGGGCUGUGUGA